AUGUCGGGCGUGGGAGCCUGUCGCCCUGCCGCGGUCGCCCUGACGGAGCUGGAGAGACACGCGGGGCGCGGGCUGACUUCCGUCGAGACCCUGCGCGCGGAGUCGAAGCGGCUGCGGGCGGGCACGGAGGCCCUGCUGGACAGGAUCGAGGCUAGCUUCAGGACGUCCCGCGCCGCGGCCUCGUCCCCGCUGGAGGCGCGCCCGGGGCGCGCUCGAGGGCGCCGGCAGGAGAUCGCGCAGCGGUCAGGGCCAGCGCUGCAGCUGACCAGCGCCUUUGGAUCUGGGAAGCGCGGCGAGUGCCUCUGCUGCCCGGCGGGGUGCCGGUUCGUCUGGGCCGCGGUGCUUUGGGCCGCCUGCGCGGUGCCGGCGCCAGAUGUCCUGCCCCUCAGGCCCUCGUCGCCGAGUGGUACUCCCAGGACUGGCAGUACCGCGGCAGAGAGCAGCACGACAUGGACGUCCACCGAUUUUGUGCGCGGGAUUGCGCACGACGCUUGUGGGCAGCACGACAGAGACCAGCAGGACGACUUUGACACCCAUGAGGGGGACGGGUAUUCGGACGAGCGCCAUCCGUCCGACCAGCACGACGGCGACAUGCAGCAGGCCGACUGGCGGCGCGAUGGGGCCCGACAGCACAGCUUCGACACCCACGACUGGGGCGACCAGUGCGGCAUGCAGAAGGCCCCGUUGCAACAGUUCAGGGGCCAGCACCACGACUUUGACGCCCACGAGGAGGACGAGGAUGAGUCCCGCGCGACCGAGGGCCACGAUGGCGACCUGCAGCAGAUCGACGGGCAGCACGACGGGGAGCUACAGCACUUCCAGCAGUACGUCGGCAACCAGCCCUACGGAACCAAGCUCUACUUUGGCGGUUGCCACGACGGAGGCGACGCGCACGUCGCCGGCGGAGCUGUACUUCCACUCCCACCUCCGCAGCUGCGCCGCCAGCGCUUCAGGGGCCUCUUGCACGGCGGCUAG